UGUCAUGUUGUCAAGCUGACGUUUAGUCGGAAGUGUUUUCGCGCGUAUGAUGUCCGGCGAACAGAACAUGUUAUUUUUAUAAAUAAACGCGGGUUUCGUGAACAUUAAGCAUAUUCUUAAACCAUGGGUGACCUGCAAAAGAUACGAUCGGAGGUCAACAAUGCGUUCAAGCUUAGCGGCUUCACAAUACGUCGCGAAGCUAGUACCUUCGUGACCGAAAUGGUUUCCUCUCUAACGCCGCGCGAAAGAACGAAAAUGAUCGACAAGUUAACCGCCCAUUUAAUGCACCAGUGUAUAUCUCAGCCUAUUUUAGAGAAGGAACAUCUAGAAACUGCCUAUAGGGAGUGUUCUACUGCCGGACUUGAAGAGACCGAAUCAGUACUAAGUGUGAUUGAUGACUUUAGUAUUCCUAAACUGGUAUAUGAUAACGAAAGGAAGAAGUUCAGUAAAAGCGUGGAUACCGACCGUCACUUGUAUCCAGAGCCUAAAUGGAAAGCUCAGUACUUGAUAGACAGAUAUACUAUAAUUUGGCAAAGGACUGUUAGAAACAAGUUGUUUGCUCAAGAAGUUCUGCCAUCUAUGGAGCAAGAGAAACGAUUUCAGUUGCGAAAAAUCGAGGUUCUACUUAGUUCUUCAAGUAGAGUUGACGAGGUUAUAGUGUUAGGUUUGUUAACUCAGUUAACUGAAGGGAAGUUCUACCUAGAAGACCCAACUGGGAGUGUAGAAUUAGAUAUGAAAGAAACUAGGUAUCAUUCAGGACUGUUUACAGAAAGCAGCUUUGUUUUAGCUGAAGGAUUCUUUGAAGACAAGGUAUUCCACGUCAUGGGUCUAGUUUUACCACCUUCAGAGAGCAGAGCAACAUCUUUAAACUAUUUCGGAAACUUGAACACUUUUGGAGGAAAGUCAAAGAACUUGUUAAAGAAUUCACAAAAUCUACUGAAAGUAGAGCAGGAGAAUGAAGACGGAAUGAUUAUUUUCUUAUCUGAUGUUUGGUUUGACAAUCUCAAAGUGAUGGCAAAACUAAAAACAUUAUUUACUGGUUAUAAUGAGUUCCCACCUAUCGCCAUUGUGUUUAUGGGAGAGUUUCUGUCAUGCCCUUAUGGGUACGAACAUAGUACACAGCUUAAAGCUGCCUUAAUCAAUUUGGCGGACAUGCUAUACCCAUUUACUAAGCUACGAGAAGUCUGUAAGUUUAUAUUUGUCCCCGGCCGAGGAGAUCCCGCUGCACCUAACAUCCUGCCUAGACCGCCAAUUCCAAACUCUGUUACAAAAGAAAUAAGGGAUAAAUUGGGAGAUACAGUAAUUUUUACUUCAAACCCCUGCAGAAUACAAUACUGCACACAAGAAAUAAUCUUAAUAAGGCAGGAUUUGGUAACGAAAAUGUGUAGAAACUCGAUACAUUUUCCAGAAACCGGUGAUAUACCAGACCAUUUGACGAAAACAUUGCUGAGUCAGUGCACUCUGUCUCCAUUGUCUUUAGGAAUACAACCAGUUUACUGGAGACACGCAGAUGCUUUAAGCUUGUACCCGAUGCCGGACCUGGUCGUGGUUGCAGACCACUUCCAGCCGUAUACAAGGGCAUACCAAGACUGCCAAAUUAUCAAUCCAGGAUCAUUCCCUAGGACAGAGUUUUCAUUCAAAGUUUAUAUUCCGGCUUCAAAGACAGUUGAAGAUUCACAAAUACCCAAAGAAGAUAGUUGAUGAAAAAUGUUGCAAAAAUCAAGAACAAUUAAUAUGGAAAAAUGUUUGUAUUUUACAAAAAAUUAAGAAGCAUGUAUUAAAUAGGUUCUUCAAUUUAAUUGAAUUUAUUAUAGCAGUGUUGCAAAACCAGUUGAAUAAAUUGAUGUAGGUACACAACAAUAUUUUAUAAAUCUUUGAUUUUUAGGUUUCUCAGUUAUAGGUAACUCGGAUGGAUUUUGAGUUAUGGUUCAUGAUGAUGUAAUUAGAACAUUGGCUCUGUGUGACUGAUAAGUGUCACUAAACAAAAAUUAAAUUAAUAACUAUGUUCAUUCCCAAGCUAAGUAGUGUACUAGAAAACACUUCUUACCUUACAAACUAUGCAGUUAACUGGUAGAGCCAUAUGGUUAUAGGGGAAAACUGGAAAAAUAAUACAAUUUAUGCAUUUUA